AUGAGACUCACUUUGACAAUCGUUGCCGCCAUCCUGUUCUCGACAUCAAACGCAGCAUCACUGGUUGGAGCGGCAGCAUCGAGUUCAGCGCCCUUCUCACCCUCCUCCGACCCGGGCAUCUUCCCAGGCGACAGUGAUAAUCCCCUCGAUGGCUGGAGGUCACUGCCCGAAAUCGCUGGCGCGCGGAUUGACAACUCGACGCUUAUCGUCGGCCAAGGGUCAGCGACGCUGUUGCACUACAUCGAUGCAGACUAUGAUCCGAAGAAGAUCAAGCGAGCUGUCAUCCAGAUCCACGGCGAGAACCGCGAUUCGUGGAAUCAGUGGAUCUACUCGGAUCUAUCUGCAAAACGUGCGGCGACGGGCGGGAGUUUCAACCGUGACGAAGUGGUCGUAAUGGCGCCCAUGUUCUUCAAUACUAGGGACCAAGGUGCAUACCCAUACGAUUCCAACCUCGAUUUGGCCAAUUCCGGUGCGACGAGUACGCAGGACACAGCAGCGACUCCGACGGCACGCAGACGCUCGUGGGCCUACGCAACCGAUGCAGCCUCAGCGUCCGGGUUCGAGCGUCGUGCAAACGUGGUCGAACGCGGACACUUCCGUAUCCCUUUGCAGAAGGUCAGCACAACCGAGGUCAUGAUCUGGAAGUCCGUUGAAUGGGGGGAUGGCAGCCCAGCCUACGAGCCGGUCAACGCAGCGGGCGCUGGAAGCUUCGACGCCCUCGACGCAGCUGUCAACUUCUUCCUCGACAAGUCGCGCUUCCCUCAUCUGCGCAACGUCGUCGUCGCAGGCUUCUCCCUCGGUGCACAAUUGACCAACCGCUAUGCAACUUUCCGCAACGAAACAUCUCAAGAUAACCGCAUCAUCUUCUGGAUCUCCUCUCCCAACGCCUUUGUAUACCUCGACGAUUCUCGCCCCGCAAAAAUCGGCGCAUCGUGUGCCAAAACGUAUACGUACUACAAGUAUGGCCUCAAUGGCACCCUGCCGCAGUACUACCUCCAGUCAAGCCAGCAGCUGUCCCCCUCGCAGCUCAUCAGUAGAUACCUCAGCCGCACGGUGUACUACCUUGUCGGGAUGAAGGACACCGGUGCCGGUCUGGACAGCUGCUCGCCCAACGCCCAGGGAUCGGGACAUCUGGACAAGAUGUACUACUGGACGCAGCAAGUCGUGCCCCUGCUUCCUGGCAGCACGGGCAAAGAGGGCAAGCUGCCGCCCAACAACCUGGUCCGAUUCGUCGACGAUACAGGACACCAGGAUUGGAAGGUCAUCACCUCGGAUCCUGGUGUCGAGACGCUGUGGUUGAAGAAGUGGUACGCGAACGGUACCGAUGCCAAUGCGCCGCAGAGCAAUGGCGUCGUGGCCGCAAAGACGCCAUCCGCAAAGUCGAUCCGUAAGAAUGAAAAUGCCGCUGUACGAGGAAGCGCAGACAAGGCGGCCGUGUACGGGACCGUGACUGCGGCGCUGGUCGCCUCGUUGGCUGGGUCGCUGCUGUGA